GAGAGAGAGAGGAGAGAGAGAGAGAGAGCUCCUCCUCCUCCUCCUCCUCCGUCUCUUCCCAACACUCAUCCCAAACACGCCGGGGUAAGACGGUCUCUCCGCGGCGGAGUCCUCUCAUCACUGCCCCCCCCACCCCCUCGCAUCAUGGGAGCUGAAUUAAAGCGGCUGUGGUACGUACUCCGGUACUUUUCCGCCGUCCCCUCCUCAGCGGCAGCACCGGCGGCAGUCCUCUGAUGUUCUUCUGCCCCUCGUCACAUAACUUCUGUCCUGGCGUUUUUUUUUUAUUCCUUCAUAAUUCCAGACACGCUGUCAGAAAUAACCCGACCUCCGACCUGAGAACUAAACUGCUCCGGAAAAAGAAGAAGAAGAAGGAGCGCGUGUGGGGUUUUUCUGUUUGUUUGGAUGGAGAAUUAGGAACCGCACUUUUGUGCUCCAUGUCCUCACAAACUCCCUCCCUCUCUAUCUUUCUAGAUGGUGAAUGAGCUGAAGUCAAGCUGGUAGUGAAGGUGCUGGAUUUGUUCCCCCCUACGCCCCAAGCCGGACACAGUAUGGCGGGAGUAGCGGCAUGGCUUCCCUUUGCCCGGGCGGCAGCUAUCGGCUGGAUGCCUGUGGCCAAUUUGCCCAUGCCAGUGGCGCCUGCUGAGAAGAGCAAGCGGCGGGAUGAGCUUAUCAUUCUUAAUGUUAGUGGACGGCGCUUCCAGACAUGGAGGAACACGUUGGACCGCUAUCCAGACACCCUGCUGGGCAGCUCAGAGAAGGAGUUCUUCUACAACGAGGAGACCAAAGAGUACUUCUUUGACCGGGACGCUGACUUGUUCCGCAGUGUGCUCAACUUCUACCGCACUGGCAAGCUCCACUACCCACGCUGCGAGUGCAUCUCCUCUUAUGAUGAGGAGCUGGCGUUCUUUGGCAUUCAGCCAGAGAUCAUUGGUGACUGCUGCUAUGAAGAGUACAAGGACAGGAAGAGGGAGAAUGCAGAACGUCUGAUGGAUGACCAGGAGGACAACAAGGACGCCAAGCUGCCCAACAUGACCUGCAGGGAGACCAUGUGGCGGGCUUUUGAGAACCCCCACACUUCCACCAUGGCCCUAGUCUUCUACUAUGUCACUGGCUUCUUCAUCGCUGUGUCUGUCAUCACCAAUGUUGUGGAGACAGUCCCCUGCGGCACGGUUCCCAACCAGAAGGAAGUUCCAUGUGGUGUACGCUACACUGUGGCCUUUUUCUGCAUGGACACGGCCUGCGUUAUGAUUUUCACCGUGGAGUACCUGAUGCGCUUAUUUGCUGCGCCCAGCCGCUACCGAUUCAUGAGGUCGGUCAUGAGCAUCAUUGAUGUAGUGGCAAUCUUGCCCUAUUACAUUGGCCUGGUGAUGACUGACAAUGAGGAUGUGAGUGGCGCUUUUGUGACCCUCCGAGUUUUCCGCGUGUUCCGUAUCUUUAAGUUCUCCCGUCACUCGCAGGGCCUGCGCAUCCUGGGCUACACGCUGAAGAGCUGUGCCUCCGAGCUGGGCUUCCUGCUCUUCUCCCUCACUAUGGCCAUAAUUAUCUUUGCUACAGUUAUGUUCUACGCAGAGAAGGGUUCAAGCUCCAGCAAAUUCACCAGCAUCCCAGCCUCCUUCUGGUACACCAUUGUUACUAUGACAACGCUCGGGUACGGAGACAUGGUUCCUAAGACGAUUGCGGGGAAGAUCUUUGGCUCGAUCUGCUCUCUGAGUGGGGUGCUGGUAAUCGCCCUGCCUGUCCCCGUCAUCGUGUCCAACUUUAGUCGCAUCUAUCACCAGAACCAGAGAGCAGACAAGCGGCGGGCGCAGAAAAUGCAGAAAGCCCGCUUGGCCAGGAUACGAAUAUCUAAGGAGGGAAGCUCCAACGCCUUCCUCCACAGCAAGCGCAACGGCCUGUUCAACGAAGUCCUAGAGCUCACGCAACUUCCAUACAAGAUGAACCUUUCAGAUCAGAACUCUGAGGAGGAGCAGCGGUUAAGUAAGUCGACUUCUCUAUUAGAGAGCCAGCACCACCACCUGCUGCACUGUCUGGAGAAAACCACUAACCACGAGUUUGUGGAUGAGCAGUAUUACCAGCAGAGCUACCUGGAGGCGGGGAUGCAAAACUACCCAUCUCGAAGCCCCUCCCUCUCCAGCCGAGAAGGCGUGACGGGCACCUGCUGCACCCGCCGGAGCAAGAAGCACCACACCCCUUUACAGAACGCCAGCGGCCCAGCGCACAUGCAGCCUUUGACGCACACGCACCAACAAGGUUUGCAGGAGCUCAGCACCAUCCACAUCCAGCCCCUCAGCACCAGUCGCUCCAGUCUGAACAUGCGCGUGGACGAACCAGCACCCCUGAACUGCCAGAGCAGCCAGAUCACCACAGCAAUCAUCAGCAUUCCCACACCACCCGUGACGACCCCUGAUGGCGACGCUCACCUGCCGGCGGGCCCCACCUACCAGAACGUUGUGAAGGUGUCCGCACUGUGAAGACUGGAGCUGCAGACCCGCCGUGCAGAAAGACAGAUAAAGACUCACUGAGACAGACUGAGGGACAGAGGAGGACUGGGAAUGACAGGAGAAAGCAUCCGAGAAUCCUAGCUGGGGUGGAGCCUGCCCUCUGCUGGUCAUGUACUGUAACGACAUGGACUCCCUGUACUGACGGAGGAUGGCUUUUAGAUACAGUAUAUUCAUGUUAGUGGUUGGCAUGCAUGUGUGCGCGUAUGCAAGUGUGGGUGUGUGUGUGGGUGAAAGACUAUGUUUAAGGUGUCAUUCUAGCUGAGGAGGCAGGUGAGAGUUCGCCUCCAAAGGUGUCGGAGAUGAGUUCCCAGAGUACGUCAUGUGUCACUGUGCACAAAGCACCUUUUUUAUGAUUUUCACUUCAGUUUGACACUUUUCCAGCAGGAGAAAUAAGGAAAAGGGAAGAAAACACGUUAUCAGAAUC